AUGGCGAAAGCGAAUUCAUCACAAAAACUAUACACACGAAUGAGAUUAUGGGAAUUCCCAGAUGAAUAUAUCAUCGAACCAACUGACGGUUCUUCCGGUUCUUGUUUGGCUGUUAGUCGUCUUAAUGGCUCCUUGUCUCUUGUUGAUGAUGUUCCUCAGUGUACGGGUGUUCAUGUUCCGAAGAUUCAGACUGUUUUCGGUGUUAUUGGAAUGCUGAAACUAUUAGCAGGAUCGUAUUUGUUAGUUAUUACCGACCGUGAAUCUGUUGGAACUUACUUGGGGUAUCCUAUUUUCAAAGUUUUGUCGCUUAAAGUCUUCCCCUGUGAUCAUUCCUUGAAAAUUUCUCCCGAGGAACAGAAAAGGAUGGAAUCUGAGUUUACUAACCUGUUAAAAGUUGCUGAAAAGACCCCUGGCCUUUAUUUUUCUUAUGAUGUCAAUAUAACAUUAAGCAUCCAACGCCUGAAUGAGUUAGGUGAUGAAUCAAGGAUGCUUCCUUUGUGGAGACAGGCAGAGCCACGGUUCCUAUGGAACAACUAUAUGUUGGAAGUUUUCAUAGAUAAUAAGCUUGAUCCAUAUAUGCUUCCUCUUAUUCAAGGGUCUUUCGGUAGCUUUCAAUCAGCUAUUGGUUUAGAUAUUAUAGAUGUCACUUUGAUUGCACGGAGGUGCACUAGAAGAACAGGGACACGAAUGUGGAGAAGAGGUGCGGAUUCUGAUGGUUAUGUAGCAAACUAUGUGGAAAGUGAACAAAUCAUACAGUUAAAAGGCUUUACUGCUUCAUUUGUGCAGGUGAGAGGUUCAAUGCCUUUUCUCUGGGAACAAAUUGUUGAUUUAACAUACAUGCCUAAGUUUGAUAUUCUGAGGCCCCAGGAAGCGUCUCGAAUUGCUGAGCGUCAUUUUCUAGAUUUAAGGAAGAAAUAUGGAAAUGUUUUAGCGAUUGAUCUUGUCAAUACGCAUGGUGGUGAGGGACAGUUGACUCAACAGUUUGCCAAUUCAGUGCAGAAUAUUCUUAGUGAUGAUGUGAGAUAUUUGCACUUCGACUUCCAUCGUGUUUGUGGACAUGUUCAUUUUGAGCGCCUAUCUAUCCUUUAUGAACAGAUUGAGGAUUUUCUGAUUAAAAACAGGUACUAUUUGUUAAAUGAAAAGGGUGAAAAGGUUGAAGGACAAGUUGGAAUUGUGAGGACAAAUUGUGUUGAUUGUUUAGACCGUACAAAUGUGACACAGAGCAUGAUUGGGCGAAAAAUGCUGGAAAUUCAACUUCGAAGGUUUGGUAUUUUUGAUGCCGAGGAAACCAUUAGCACACAUCCUAAUUUUGAUGAUUGCUUCAAAAUAUUAUGGUCUAAUCAUGGUGACGAUAUAAGUAUCCAAUAUUCGGGCACGCCUGCUUUGAAAGGAGAUUUUGUCAGAUAUGGUAAAAGGACUACUCAAGGCAUUCUUAAGGAUGGCUGGAACGCUCUAAUGCGGUAUUACCUAAACAAUUUUGCUGAUGGUACAAAACAGGAUUCAAUUGAUCUACUGCAAGGUCAUUACAUCCUUUCUGUCUCUCGUGAUAUGUCUCAUGUGUCACCAAAAGGAGGGAUUGAGGGCAUUGCAUCUUUUCCGCUUGCUUUGGCACUGAUCACAAUGGGAUUCUUUUUCACAAUGUUAUCCCUCAUGCGAGUUCCGAACAAUAUGUGGCAACUCUUUUUUUCCUUUUUAUGGGCGGGACUGAGCAUAGCUGUAGCAACAUUCAUGAGAGCCCAUGGUCGAGUUUUCUGUAAUCGACCCUGUUUGCACAAAUCUCCCCAUUGAUUAACCAUGCAGCUUGCAUGGUGAAACAUUUUAGUCUAGCUUCAUUU